UGUUUUAUGCCCGGGAUGUUCCAAACCUGUGGCACAAUCUCACAACGUUGGGGUCACAAAAGUGCCCUGGGCCAGACACAGGACCCUGUGGUGCAAUGGUAGCGCAUCUGACUCCAGAUCAGAAGGUUGCGUGUUCAAGUCACGUCAGGGUCACAAAAGUGCCCAACAGGACCCUGUGGCGCAAUGGUAGCGCGUCUGACUCCAGAUCAGAAGGUUGCGUGUUCGAGUCACGUCAGGGUCACAAAAGUGUUUUAUGCCCGGGGUGUCCCAAACCUGUGGCACAAUCUCACAACGUUGGGGUCACAAAAGUGCCCUGGGCCAGAUACAGGACCCUGUGGCGCAAUGGUAGCGCGUCUGGCUCCAGAUCAGAAGGUUGCGUGUUCGAGUCACGUCGGGGUCACAAAAGUGUUUUAUGCUCGGGAUGUCCCAAACCUGUGGCACAAUCUCACGACGUUGGGGUCACAAAAGUGCCCCGUGCCCAACAGGACCCUGUGGCGCAAUGGUAGCGCGUCUGACUCCAGAUCAGAAGGUUGCGUGUUCGAGUCACGUCAGGGUCACAAAAGUGUUUUAUGCCCGGGGUGUCCCAAACCUGUGGCACAAUCUCACGACGUUGGGGUCACAAAAGUGCCCUGGGCCAGACACAGGACCCUGUGGCGCAAUGGUAGCGCGUCUGACUCCAGAUCAGAAGGUUGCGUGUUCAAGUCACGUCGGGGUCACAAAAGUGUUUUAUGCCCGGGGUGUCCCAAACCUGUGGCACAAUCUCACGACGUUGGGGUCACAAAAGUGCCCUGGGCCAGACACAGGACCCUGUGGCGCAAUGGUAGCGCGUCUGACUCCAGAUCAGAAGGUUGCGUGUUCGAGUCACGUCGGGGUCACAAAAGUAUUUUAUGUCCGGGAUGUUGCAAACCUGUGGCACAAUCUCACAACGUUGGGGUCACAAAAGUGCCCCGUGCCCAACAGGACCCUGUGGCGCAAUGGUAGCGCGUCUGACUCCAGAUCAGAAGGUUGCGUGUCGGGGUCACAAAAGUAUUUUAUGCCCGGGAUGUUGCAAACCUGUGGCACAAUCUCAUGACGUUGGGGUCACAAAAGUGCCCCGUGCCCAACAGGACCCUGUGGCGCAAGGGUAGCGCGUCUGACUCCAGAUCAGAAGGUUGCGUGUUCGAGUCACGUCAGG